AUGUCUAGUGAGAACGGAUGCGGUGACUUGCAGAAGCGACCGGGCUGGCGGCUGUAUGGAGCGGAGCGCAGACCUGAAGAGAUCAGUAACGAUCGUCCCUGGCAGGCAUGGAGCCCUCCGAGGGUCGCGACGAGAGAUACAAAGCUGCACGAGGUUAGGGUUGUGGGAGCUGUGAUGGUGUCACACGGAAAGUGUCCGUCCUCGCCGCCAUCGCCUGAGCGCAAGAAGAGAUGCCAACGCGUCACAGACGAGAGGAAGGCCAAGCCGAAGCAUUCCACACAUAGCGCAGCCACUAAUGGGCACGACGGCGCGCCUCAGGAUGCUUACGAGCUAGAAUGUUGGUCUUGCGGUGCCGACGAGGCGGCAAUGCCUUGGGCCGGGAUAGUGGCAUUAGGUGACGGGUGA